CUGCAGCCUGUGUGCCGAGCAGCAGUAGCAGCAGCAGCAGCAGCAGUGUUAACCAACAGAAGACAAGGGAAAUCCACAUACAGCAAGACAAAGAUGGCUUUCUGUGCAUUGUGAGGGAUUUAUUGUCACUUUUAAGCUCCUGGAUUUAAAACUAAAGGGCUUCGCUCUUGGGCUUUCACAAUAAAAGACAGCAGCUCCAAAUGAGUGUACCUGCAGCAGCGGCACAGAAAUCAGACGGCAACAACAGUGAAAUGCAAUCAGCUGCAGUGGCUCCCUCCUUCAUCCCCAGUCAGUCGGGGAAGAUACCAGGCAGGAAACGAGGGAGACCCCCACUCCGUAAUGUUGCCAAGAUGGAUUUUCCUAACCGUUAUCCAGAAUCACUCCCUCCACUCAAAGUGCCAAAAAAGAGGGGGAGAAAGCCGGGCUUCAAGCUCAAACCCAGAAUGGUGAUGACGCCUUUGGCUAUUUCUCCACCCAGCAGCACCCCUGAGCCUGAUAUGAGCUCCAUUCCUCAGGAUGCUGCCACUAUCCCCCACUCAGCCACGCCCCAGGUGCUCACAGUCUGUAUCUACAUCAACAAGCAGGCCAACACGGGCCCCAACUUGGACAGGAAGAAGAUCCAGCAGCUUCCUGAUCACUUUGGACCAGACAGGCCCUCAGUGGUGCUGCAGCAAGCCGUCCAAGGCUGCAUAGACAGCGCCUUUCAGCAGAAAACCGUGUUCACCCUCCUCACACAAGGCUACGGGGGAGAAAAAAUAUCAGCCACGUUUGAUGGGAAGCAGCACCUUCUCAGCCUCCCCGUGGUCAACAGUAUUGACUAUGUGCUUCGUUUCCUGAAGAAACUCUGUCGCAGCUUGCACUGCGAAAACCUCUUCAGUGAUCAGCCCAUUACCCAGCACAGUGGUGACUCCUACCAGUCAGAUGCUGAAACGUCUAUGGCUGAAGAUUACCACGUAGACCAGUCAGAUGGCAAACGCUACUCCGUAGACCCUGGCGACUCCGCUUUCAGCUCCAUAAGCUCUUCCUACUCGCCAAAGGCCUCCUACAGGUUUCGCUCAUCACAGCAGUUCUCCAACGGCUCAGCCUCCAUGAGCAUGUGCAGACAGUCAUCAACCAGUCCUAACACAUUCCCAGAGAGCAACAGGACAGGAGGUUAUAAUGCAUCUUCAGAGUCUCAAGAGUCCAAAGCUCCACCAAAUAAGGACCCAACCACCUGGUCUGUGGAAGAUGUCGUGUGGUUCAUCAGGGAUGCAGACCCACAUGCUCUUGGACCCCAUGUGGAUAUCUUUAGAAAACAUGAAAUCGAUGGAAAUGCUUUGUUACUCCUAAAAAGCGACAUGAUCAUGAAGUACCUGGGCCUGAAGCUGGGGCCGGCCUUGAAGCUUUGCUACCACAUCGACAAACUAAAGCAGACCAAGUGAAACCCUUCCAUGAAUCCAAGCAUACUAUUUGAGCAAGGCCACAUCUCCAGGUCUUAGGUUUCACAGUCAUGAGGUGAGUCACUUUCUUCACAGUCCCCAGAAGCAGGCGUUCGCUUCCUUUUCGGCCACAAACACGCGAAAAAUAAAUUCUACUUUUAACACCUUUUCAUGACAAAGAAACCGUGCCCUAGCUUCCAAGAGAACCAGACAAAGAAUAAAGAUUUGUAGCUCCUGGACAGACUCCCAACAUCAUGUUAAUGACAUAACAGGGGUUAAUUAUUAUUUCCACUACAUCACCUUGUAUCUUAUGUGAUGUCAACAUAACAUAAACAUUUUUCAGCUUCAUUUUCUGAUUUUUUUUAAAUCAAUACUUUUUUUCUGGCCACCUGACAUUGUCAUAUUAUCACCUUCUAUAAACAAGUGUUUUAGACCACCUGCUGAACUUAAAUCCAAUAAUCCUAUCUCCUUUUAGAAAAGGUUUUGGUGCUGUUUGGUGCUGAGCAGAUCACACUGUGUAAUAAAGCUGAAGAGAGUUGCAAAUUCAGGCAAUAACUCUCUGUAUUCUGCUGUAAAACAUGUUCCAGUAAUACAUUUGCACACAUCCACAUGAGGGUCGCUGGUGCCAGUCCCAGCUGGACAGGUCGUCAGUCCAUCGCAGGGCAAACACACUCUCACAUUCACACCUAGAUGGAGAAAACCCCACGCUCACAUGGGGAGAACAUGCAAACACCAAGCAGAAAGACCCUUCAUUUUUUAAA